CAGCAGCGCUGAGUGCAGCCUGCCUUGCCAGGGUCGGACUGAAGCUCAAGAAACGACAAGGAGAAGCGAACAUCUGGCCGCACAUCAUGAAAGGACGUCGGGGCUGAUAGGAAACAACACGACAAAGCGGGAGGAAAUCAAUGUUAUGAAGGAAGAAUGGAGUUCCCAGACCAUAGCCGCCAGUUGCUGCAGUGUCUGAGUCAGCAGCGUCACCAAGGUUUCCUCUGUGACUGCACUGUUCUUGUCGGGGAGGCUCGAUUCAAAGCGCACAGAGCCGUGCUGGCCUCCUGCAGCAUGUACUUCCAUCUCUUCUACAGGGACCAGCUGGACAAAAGGGACGUUGUGCAUCUCAACAGUGACAUUGUGACAGCCCCGGCUUUCAGUCUGCUCCUUGAAUUUAUGUAUGAGGGGAAGUUGGAAUUCAGCUCUCUCCCGGUGGAGGAUGUCCUGGCAGCAGCCAGUUACCUCCACAUGUAUGAUAUAGUGAAAGUGUGUAAAGGCAAGCUUAAAGAUAAGGAGCUCUCCUCUCUGGAUGAAAAGAUGAGCGAGGGUUUGGGACUCAGCUGUCUGGACAGGGAAAAUUCCUCAGACGGCGAGCUGCACAGUAAGCAGCUCAUCCGGCGACAGCCCCAGACACAGUCUCAGGGGCUUCACAGGGCCCCCCCAGCGGAAGAGUUUGACAUGGACAACAGCGAAGUCAGGCUGGCUGUCACAGAUUGUGAUAGGUCUGUGCGGAGCAGGCAGAAGGCAAACGGUCACUCUGGCAGGUCCCCGGACCUUGUAGGUGUCAAUUAUUUGUCAGCAGAGGCCGAGCCCUGCGUCCAAACAGCUGGAAAAACAAAAGCUGAUGUCAGUAGUUCCACCGUAUCGCUGUCCCAGAGGUCCCGGGCUUCAGAUGACAUGGACUGUGCACUGGAUUUGUCUUUCAAGCCUCUGUCUAGCAGAGAUCCCUUACACCCCUCCUACGUCUCUGGACAGCUGGCCCUCGACAGCCAGCAGCAGGGCACUGAGCCACUUGUUAAAGACGAACACGACUUGCUGUCAGAGCAGGAGGACAGUGAGCCGAUGAGCCCUGAGAGCCAGCGCUUUGGGAAUAGUGCCAGGAGCUCAGUGGUGACAGGGUUCGCUGCCCUCUUCCCAGGCAACAACGGCUCCACAGCCGCCCUGCUCUCCCAGGAGGAGGACCUGAUGGACGAGGAGGGGGAGGCCUGCAGAGGGAGGGAGGGCGCCCCGGGCAGGGAGGUAGAGGAGAGGAGGGGGAGGCUGCUGGGGGACAGCGAAGAGGAGGAGGAGGACGACUUGGCCUCUUCAGACAUCUCCACCUCCAGCGGGGUGCUCCUGCCCCCGGGGCAACAGGUGUGCGUGUGCCCCCUCUGCAGCAAAGUCUUCCCCAGCCCCCACGUGCUGCAACUGCACCUCAGCUCACACUUCCGCGAGAAGGACGGCGCCCGCUCCAAGUUGUCCCCCGACGGCUCGGUCCCCACCUGCAUGCAGUGCAACAAGACCUUCUCCUGCAUGUACACCCUUAAGCGCCAUGAGCGCACACACUCUGGCGAGAAGCCAUACACCUGUGGCCAGUGUGGCAAGAGCUUCCAGUACUCCCAUAACUUAAGUCGGCACGCUGUAGUUCACACACGUGAGAAGCCUCACGCUUGUAAGUGGUGCGAGAGGCGCUUCACCCAAUCUGGGGACCUCUACCGCCACAUCAGGAAGUUUCACUGUGGCCUUGUCAAGACUCUCGCCAUUGGAUAAAACUCCUCUCACCAGUGCCAUGUCAUUAGACAGAAUGUCUCUCCACACACCGAAUACUACUACUGAACACUUCGCCCGUUAGUACACACAUGUUGGCAGUUUGUCGGAGACUUAUCUUUUUUGGAUUCUACCCCAUGUGGCAUUUCGCGAGUUAAAGAUGUAGCAAAACUGGAGCUGCUGUCUGCACCAGACUGUGUCACAGGCAUACCAUGAUGGUCAGAGGCAGACAGGUGAAGGUGCAGCAAAGGCUGUUAGGAUAAACACGGGUGCUGUAAAAAAAAACAAAAAAAAAAACAAGCUGGAUCUGUGUGGACGAAGGUGAACAAAUCAGAUGAUGCACUUGUUUGUUUCUGUCUCGUUUGUGUCAAUCUGUUGAGUUUAUUUGAGGAGCAUAUUUGCUGAAAGAAAAGUUUGCACCCUGUGGGCAAAUGGGUGAUCGCUAUUGCUAACAUAUGUUAAUACAAUCGUCAGAGUGAGACUUUUAUUUGUGCACAUGCGAGAUCAGAACCGUCCGUGAGUAGCAAUAUAUGAUUUUUUUUUUAACUCCUACAUUAUUAUUAUUUAUUUUGGGGGGAUUUGUUUAGUCCUUAACAAGUAAACUGUCAUAAGGCAGCAAAACUAAUGAAGUCUGACUACUGGAAGUAUAAUUUCUUUUUUCUUUUAAAUGGAAGUAGAAUCUGUGGUUGAAAUGAAGUUGGUUACAGUUUUAUGUUGGAGGCAAGCAGACCAUCAAAUCAUCUUAUUUCUUUUCUGCCUCGGGGUGAGUUAGCAGCUCUUUAAUGUAAGAUAGCACAUAUCGAUGGGAUGGCCUUCUGAUUUUAAAAAGAAGUCGAAUAGCGAGGAGAGGAGGAGGAGGGAUGGAGAGUUAAGCCUGUAACACUGGUGCCUACUGAAAUUCUUAAAACUUCACCUCGUGUACUUACUUAAACAAGAAUGAGAUAAAUCACGAUGCCUUCUUGUGAAAUUCAGUGAGUUUUCAGGCCUUUAAAAAAAGAAAAACUGGAUUACACUCCACAUACCAGGUGGUAACAAAGGCACUCUUGAACGCCAACUGAUCCACGAGUGUCCUUAAUUAAAUAAUUAAGAAGAAUGUAAUAAAAGUACUUAAAUCAAGGUCUCUAAAUUACCUUGUUAUUUCCUUGUAUGGCAUUAAAAGUGCACUGACACGGUGUUGACAGCAAACCUUAUCAGGCAGGGAGGGAGACAGGUGGAUAUCGUUGUUGGUGCCAUUCAGCUAAAUCUACUGACUUUUCUUUCUUUAAAUUAACCUUUCUCACAUUAUCAUAUCUUACUGUACGUGUGUAUUGUUACUACUGAUGAAGCUGGAGCCUUUAGUGAUGCUGUCCUUGAAAGAAUCAUUUUUUGGGAGGGGCAGGAAAUCUUUCUGUCUCUUCACAUAGAUCUGGAUUCUUAGCCAGGGGGCGUAGCACUAAAACGCUCUCGAUAUUUUGUCUAAUCUGUCCUGAGAAGACUUGAUCAGAAUUUAUUUAUUAGUUUGGUUCAGGGUUUACUUUAGGGGUACUUCUUGUUUCUAUAAGCUUGAAAGAUGCUGCGUCUUGCCUAGCGAUCUUGGUACUCAUUAACCGGUAUUGGGGCUGUCUGUUCAUUUCUGUGCAAAUCCAGUUACUGUAAUUGUAUUUUUAAUAUACCGUGUUAGAAACCUCUGCGGAGUAUUCAAGAUUUGUCACAUGGAACAUAGAGAAGCACUUGUUUUUAGCAUGCAUAUAGUUUCAACACUAUUGUCUAGGCUGCUAUUUCUUACUAUAUGUAUAUUUAAUGUAAAUAUAUAUUCUAUUUAUCAGACUAUUUUUUUUUUUUGUUUGUUUUUCCAUGUUAUGACACGUGUGAGAUGGAGGGAGUCAGGUGUCUUAUUAAGGCUGCAGGUCUCUUAAAGUGUCACGUCUUCCCCAGGGGGAGUUUGGUCCGUUCUUCAUAUUCAAAACUCUAAUCAGAACAGCUAAUACCGCUCCGACUGCUGUUCCGCCACAGGAAACAGUUGUUCACAAGCACAGCCACACUGAUACGGCAUUGGCUACCUAUAGAAAGGAGACAAUACAGGCAUUGUCCCCCCCUCCACCACCACCCCACCCACCAAAUCCCAGGUAGUUCUCAAGGGAUCAUUGUGUAUCUCUCCAGUAGCUAUGUGAAGAAAAAGCAACGCAAGUCUCUCUUUGCACUUUUCUGUAUUGAAUGGAGCCAUUGGAAUGUGAGAAAUGUAUUUAGCAAAGGGAGACCAAGGACACUGUAAACAGGUGUAUUGUUUUAAGGCAUCAAAGAACAGCAACCCCUCCCCCCAAUCCCAGCAUGCAGUAGAUAAACGCUUCAUUGUUGAGGACACACCAUGGUGAUUUGCUUGCACAUCUGUCAAGAGAAUAUCAUAAUUAUCGGAGCAUUGUUUUCCAAGUGCUAAAAAUUUGUUGAGACUGAAAAUAUGUCUGGCAACUGUGACGACACAGGUGAAAAGCAGGUGCUGACUACCUAUCCAUUUCAGCGUAAUGCACCCGAAGGUGUUUUGUUUUGUUUUGACUUUUUUUAUGUUUAUCACCAAGACUUUUCAGGACACAGAAAUGAAUUCACAUGUGAUUUCUCAGCAUUUGCAAUGGGCUGUCGGCAUCUCUAACGGAGAUGGUGGCAAACAAGUCAAAGCAUUUUUUGCAGAAUUACUGCAAUUUGUUUUCGUUCUGACCUGCAGUCAGUGAAGGGGCUCGAAUGAUGCUCGUGUGUAAUAUUUGUUACAAGAAAUGUUCACAAAUGCCGUUCACAUGCCCUGAAUUCACUUUGGUUAGACAUAUGCCACAUACAUAGCUGUUGUGUAGAGUUAAUAAUGUACAUUUCAAUCAGCACACACAGGAAUGUAGGUUUUGUCACUUUCAGUUUUUUUAAAGGAGCAUUUCUUAUGUGGUGCAAAUUAAAUCACUCGAUUCUCUAAUGUACAUGUGUACAGAGGUAGAAAAACUAACGAUAUGUGAAGAUUUCUUCCUUUUUAUUGUUUGCAGUCUUUAUUUAUACCUCCAGGAUGAUCACCAAAUGUGCCUUGUAGACACACAAAUAGGUGUUGCAUCUGGAGAAGCCCUUUUUCUAUAUUGUACAUUUUUUUGCCCUCGACUGCGGUGGUAAAGUUCACAUCACAGCGACACAACUGUUGUUCCUGUUUUGUCAAAAAUGUUAAAUCAGACAAAAAAAGUCCAUUUAUUUUUGCUGCUUUGCCAGAGAUUACAUUUGAGAUUUAUUUGAACAUUUUUUGUUUAUGUGCAUAAAUCUGUUUUGGACGUGAAGACAAGCAUUCUUUCGUGGCUUUUAGUAGCCAAUACUACUGGGAACUUCCAGUCUGUUCCUUUAGUUAAUGUCACUGUUGAAUGUGAAACACUGAGAUUUUUGAUUGUUGACUUCUAUGGAAACAGUGCUACUCUUGAUCGAGGGCUAUGUUUGCCUGCAACUCAUGCUGUAUGAUCUCUAAGUCUAAAAAAAAAUGACUUUACCGAUACUGGAAUUUUGUCCUCUGCAGGUUACAACUGUGAAAUUGUGUAUAAUCAUGAGAAAUAUUUAUUAUUGCAUUUGCUUCUUGUGCAACAUUUGACUGUCUCGGUUUCAAUUUGGUUAAAAAAAAAAAGCUUCUAAAUGUCAAAAUCUUUUUAAUAGAAUUUGUAGAAGUGCCAUUAGAAUUUAAUAUAAUUUUUUAAUAAGAAAGGUAUAUUUUAUAGUAAUCAAUGCUUCAGUGUUAGUGGUGUAGAGAUUAGAGGACAAUCUUUAUGCAGAAAUUGACAUUGCUUAGAUAUUGAGGCAAUUUACUUUUGAUCUAUAACUGUAUGUGCAUUUUCUUUAUGCUUUUUUUGGAGUGUGCUUGUGUGCGUGUGCUGUGGAAAUGUGACAAUCUUGAUUUAGGUCUUUCUUAAGAUUAUGCAUAGAAUUAAAUGGGACAACUUUC